UGCGCGCGGCACGCCGCCGGCCGAGCUGAGCUGGGCGCGGGGACCCGGGCGGACGCGCGGACGGCGGAGUGAACCGGCAGACGCACGGCGGCGGCGAGCGGCGCGCGGGUCCCAGCCGGGCUUGCCCCCAGGAGCGGGCGGCACCCGCUGCCCGGGGAAUCUCCCGCGCCCCGCCGCGCAGCUCCAGUGCCAGCGCCCAGUGGCCGCCGCCUCCGAAGUGAUCGCUGCCUCGCCGCCUCCACCCGGUCCGGGACCAUGAAGCCGCUGCCGUCGGUGGUGCUGAAGCUCUUCCUGGCUGCAGUGCUCUCGGCGCUGGUGACGGGCGAGAGCCUGGAGCGGCUUCGGAGAGGGCUGGCAUCUGGAACCAGCAACCCGGACCCUCCCACUGGAUCUACAGACGAGCUGCUAGCCCCAGGAGGCGGCCGGGACCGGGGAGAAGUCUUUGACUUGCGAGAGGCAGAUCUCGACCUUUUCAGAGUUUCUUUGUCCUCCAAGCCGCAAGCACUGGUCACACCAAGCAAGGAGGAGCAUGGGAAAAGAAAGAAGAAAGGCAGGGGAUUAGGGAAGAAGAGAGACCCAUGUCUUCGGAAAUACAAAGACUUCUGCAUCCACGGAGAAUGCAAAUAUGUGAAGGAGCUCCGGGCUCCAUCCUGCAUCUGCCACCCGGGUUACCACGGAGAGAGGUGCCAUGGGCUGAGUCUCCCGGUGGAAAAUCGCUUGUAUACGUAUGACCACACAACCAUCCUGGCCGUGGUGGCCGUGGUGCUGUCAUCUGUCUGUCUGCUUGUCAUCGUGGGACUUCUCAUGUUUAGGUACCACAGGAGAGGAGGUUAUGAUGUGGAAAGUGAAGAGAAAGUGAAGCUGGGCAUGACUAAUUCCCACUGAGAGACCCGUACUCAAGGAAUUGGCUGGGGACUUCUACCUGUGGGAAGACACAAGUUGAUCACAGAAUCUGCAGAGGGGAAGGACUUCACAAUUAGCCAUGAAGACUCCUUUGUCCCCAGUCACUAUCUGGAUUGGGCCUCCCAUAAUUGCUUUGCCAAAAUACCAGAGCCUUCAAGUGCCAAACACAAUAUACCCAGUGGGAUCUGGGUCAGAAGAAAGCAAAAGCAAGGAACCUUCACUUCAGGCCCUCCUGAUUCCCCUCCACCAACCUCAUUUCCCCCCAUAAGUUUGUUUAAACACUUACCUUCUGGUUUGAAAUGCCAGUUAAAUUCCUUAUGCUCCAGGAUCUUUGACUGAAAAAAAAAAAAAGAAGGAAAAGAGUAAGGAGGAAAGAUUUAUGGAUUUAUGGACUGGAAGAAAAUUGAGAAGCCAUGUACUGAAGUAGCCACUAAGGGAUCUGCCAUUGGGACCCUCCAGCGCUGGAUUUGAUGAGUUAACUGUGAAAUACCACAAGCCCGAGAACUCUGAAUUUUGGGACUUCAACCCAGAUGGAAAAGUAACAACUAUUUUUUUUGUUGUUGUUGUUGUUUGUAAAUGCCUCUUAAAUUAUAUAUUUAUUUUAUUCUAUGUAUGUUAAUUUAUUUAGUUUUUAACAAUCUAACAAUAAUAUUUCAAGUGCCUAGACUGUUACUUUGGCAAUUUCCUGGCCUUCCACCCUGUAUCCCCACCAUCUGACUCAGCGCCACCCUCCCCUGCUGCAAAGCUGAGAUGGCUCUGUGACCAUCUGUACUAAUUUAUUGUCUGUCCACAUUUCUGAAGAUCUUCCAUGGUCAGAGGGCCACAGGGGGGUUCUGUAUGGUCAGGAUGUAAGGGUUAACUCGGUCAGAGCCACUCUAUGAGUUGGACUGCAGUCUUGCCUAGGCGAUUUUGUCUACCGUUUGUGUUUUGAAAGCCCAAGGUGCUGAGGUCAAAGUGUAACAGAUAUCAGUGUUUCCCUGUGUCCUCUCCCUGCCAAAUCUCAGAAGAGAUUGGGCUUCCAUGCUUGCAGCUUUCCUAUCUCUCACCCCCGUGGCCCUAGGCCCACAGCAUGGGAACCCACUCUCCCUUGUGUCAUGACAUUUCUCUUACUCCUGUCAUUCUUCUGGUGCUACUCCAUGCAGGGGUCAGUGCAGCAGAGGACAGUCUAGAGACGGUAUUAGCCAAAAAAAAAAAAAAAAGGCUGAGGAGGAACAGGGAAUGUUGGAGCUGACUGUUCUUGGUAAUCGAUUGGAGGUAGGGAAGGCUUUUGUGUAAUCCCACCCACCUCACUGAACCUAUAAAGGUAUGCUGUCAUGGUCCCUUCUGGAAGUUUCUGGUGCCAUUUCUGAACUGUUACAAACUGUAUUUCCAAACCUGGUUCAUAUUUAUACUUUGCAAUCCAAAUAAAGAUAACCCUUAUUCCAUA